CCAUCAUAACAGUGGAGCAGAAGAAGAGGGCGCCUGAGCCCCGCCCUUUGACUCACCUCGCUAAGAUGUGUUUUUUGUCUUACUGGUUUGUUUAUGACGCCGUUCACUGGCUCUGUUAGCUUGACAGCUGAUCAAGCGUGAGCUGAAGUUAAAAAAAACGCGUUUUUUUGGCGACGGUUUUCAUCCUCGAUACUGUUUCUUUUAGCGAGACAGAUCUGAAAAGAAGCAGGAGGCUACUUAGCAUUAGUUGCUGCCUAGUCGUACGAACAGAAAUUGUUAGCAUUGCUAGCAUAUUGUAACGUUAUGGCGUGACGUUGGACAGGAAAGUGGUUGUUUGACGACGCCCGGGCCAAGACUCUGAAGUUGUAUUAUCACUAUCGAGAAGGCCGAAUAUAACGAGACAUAUGUAUAACACUUAAAUCAUUCGCAGGUUAGGCUUUCCCACAGCUGCCUGGCGACUAACUUGGACUAGCUAGCGAGCUAAUUUGACGUUAGCAUGGCGUCAGAUACAAGUGACACAGAGGAAUUUUAUGAUGCUCCAGAGGACGUUAAUUUCACUCCGUCUCCAAAAGUGUCACCUGCAAAGUUUGUCAUUCCUUCACCUAAGCUUUCCCAGAGAUCAGUAAAUGCUGCACAAGAUGUGAGCUGUGCCACAUCUGAGACUCAGCAAGAUGAUUCCCUACAGAUCAUUGAUAGCAUAAUCGAGGAGAGCCAGAAGGGAAGUGCUAGUGAUGUCGGUGAGGUGGCUCAGCUGUUAGAUCAGCUACAUGUUGAUGUUAGAACAGAGUCAAAGGAAGACAAUAGUGCUGAGGGAGUUCCUGUGGAACCAGCAGCGCCAACUGUUGAACCUCAGCUUGUUGAAAGGCCAGAGGAACAACAGAAAAGCUUAGCAACAAAUGGAGAAUGCUCUGUACUGGCUCCUGAACCCAUAGAUCUACCAGGACCAUCAGUGGGCUCGCAAGAACAUGUUCAGCCUCCAGACAUCACCAGCACCAUAGGACAGAGACACUCUGGUGGGGCUGCUGUGGGUGCAGAAGGCGAGCGGGAGCAGAGGCCUGCAGACAUCUUAGACCAGGUUCCUUUGACAGACGGGCCGGCUGACAUAGACCCCUCUGGGCCCAUGAAACCUCCGCGGCAGUUCACAGUGGAACCAGACAUUGUAGCCAGCACAAAGAAGCCUCCUCCAUCGCGUCCACCCCCUCCAAGCGGAGGUCCUCCGCCAAGACCUCCUCCACCGUCGUGGCAGAGCUUACCUUCCAAGAAGUCACAGGAGUGUCUGAGGCCAAGUGGACUGGAAGUGUCUGCAGUCGGUGCAGUCAGCGUUGAUCCUCUGGAGCCCUCUGGCCUGGUGUCUCCCAGCAGCACCGUGAGGAGUCUAACCAAAGAGCUACAGCAUUCCUUGGAUCUGGCCAGUGCCACCAGCGGGGAUAAGGUGGUGACAGCACAGGAAAAUGAGGAUGAACAGGCUUCAUCUCCAAGUGAAGGACAAACUCCAGGCCCUCAGCGCCCACGUUCCAACUCUGGCAGAGAACUGACAGAUGAAGAAAUCUUAGCCAGUGUGAUGAUCAAGAAUUUAGACACUGGGGAAGAGAUCCCUCUAAUUCAGGCAGAGGAGAAACUUCCUGCUGGGAUCAACCCCCUCACUCUGCACAUCAUGAGGAGGACCAAGGAGUACAUUACGAAUGAUGCAGCACAGUCAGAUGAUGACGAUAAGUCUCAGGCUCCCCUGGCAGACACGGAUGGAGGGAAACUGAAACAGAAAACAACCCAGUUUAAAAAAUUCCUGGGCAAGUCUGUGAAAAAGGCCAAGCAUCUUGCUGAGGAGUAUGGAGAGAAGGCAGUCAACAAAGUGAAAAGUGUGCGUGAUGAAGUGUUCCAUACAGAUCCGGACGAUCCGUCAUCGAGUGACGAUGAGGGCAUGCCGUACACCAGACCAGCCAAGUUCAAGGCAGCGCAUAGCUUCAAGGGUCCCUUCGACUUUGAUCAGAUUAAGGUGGUGCAGGACCUCAGUGGAGAGCACAUGGGGGCUGUUUGGACGAUGAAGUUCUCUCACUGUGGGAGGCUGCUGGCAACUGCAGGCCAAGAUAACGUGGUUCGCAUCUGGGUCUUGAAGACUGCCUUCGACUACUUCAAUAACAUGAGAUUAAAGUACAACACUGAAGGUCGAGUUUCACCUUCUCCGUCUCAGGAAAGCUUAUGCUCCUCUAAAUCUGACACUGAUCCCGGGGCAAGUUGUGUUCCAGAGGACCCAGACACAGAAGACAGGAACGCCCCAUUUCGUCAGGUCCCCUUCUGCAAGUACAAGGGUCACACAGCUGAUCUGUUAGACCUGUCCUGGUCGAAGAACUUUUUCCUGCUCUCCUCUUCCAUGGAUAAAACCGUCCGAUUAUGGCACAUAUCCAGGAGAGAGUGUCUCUGCUGCUUUCAGCACAUUGAUUUUGUCACAGCCAUUGCUUUCCAUCCCAGAGAUGACAGAUACUUUUUAAGCGGCUCUCUGGAUGGAAAACUACGGCUCUGGAACAUUCCAGACAAGAAGGUGGCUCUGUGGAACGAAGUUGACGGACAAACACGGCUCAUCACUGCUGCUAAUUUCUGCCAAAACGGGAAGUAUGCGGUCAUUGGAACCUAUGAUGGCCGCUGCAUCUUCUAUGACACAGAGCGUCUAAAAUACCACACUCAAAUUCACGUGAGGUCCACCAGAGGAAGGAACAAAGUAGGACGCAAAAUUACCGGCAUUGAACCUCUGCCUGGAGAGAAUAAGAUUCUGGUGACCUCAAAUGAUUCCCGCAUCCGCCUUUACGACCUGAGGGACUUGUCUCUGUCCAUGAAAUACAAGGGUUACGUCAAUAGCAGCAGCCAGAUUAAAGCGAGCUUCAGCCAUGACUACUCCUUCAUAGUCAGCGGCUCAGAGGAUAAGUACGUAUACAUCUGGAGCACUUACCACGACUUGAGCAAAUUCACAUCCGUACGACGGGACCGCAAUGACUUCUGGGAAGGGAUUAAAGCACACAAUGCAGUAGUCACCUCAGCCAUUUUCGCGCCCCACCCAGGCCUUAUUGUUCCACAAGAGACCGGAGCAGAGAAACCAGAAGCAGAGUGUAAGAGUCUCGACUCGACAGACUCUGAAACAAUACCCUCAGGAGCCCUAAAGACGGAUCACACGGAGGUUCUUCUGUCUGCUGACUUCACUGGAGCUAUCAAAGUUUUCAUCAAUGUUAAAAAGUACUGAGCACUUCAGAGGCUCUCAGCUCUUCACGUUCUGUCAGAGAUCAGUCCUCACGACGGAGGACAACACGUCAGGAGGUCGCCUAGCUACCUGUUGGUUAUUGCGCUGAGACAAAGCUAGCUGUAGCUUUUUUGGGAGUACAGGGACCCUAAAAUGUAAGAUGAGAGAAUGAACUGUACAAGCUGAGAUUCCCUGUCACACUUCUAUUUUUAUCUUGCAUACCAAGCAACUGUGAACGGUUUUGGCAUCGUGCACAAAAGAGAUCCAGUAAAGUCAAGUGUAUGGUAUGGGCAGAAAUUCAAUCUGCUCAGGUGUGUGUGUGUGUGUGUGUAAAUUUACAACUGUAUGGUCAAAACUAUCUGUGACAGUGCGGGCACCUUAUGUGUUACUUAAGCUCCCACAUUUCAGAAAGUUCCCAGAGAAGCAAGACACUGUAACGUCAGUCAGAUUUCAGUGAGGUCUUGUGGAAAGAUGUUUCACCGUUUGUCUGGAAAUCAAGGUGGAUUGAACUGUCAUUUACAAAUUGUGUGUGUGCCUACAAAAUCUAGAUUGCUUUUCUAAAUCCAACUUCUCAAGCUUUCCUCUAAACCAUUUCAGCAGAUAACCGCCAAUCCACAGUACAGGAGAUCUGUAUACAGUUACUAAUGAUUAGGGCUGGGUAUCUUCAAGUUUUUGUCAAACAAUACUGGCUCUUAAGUACUUUUGAUACAUUUUUGUUCAAUGAAAGCACAUUUCAUUAUAUUAAAAUAGAACUGUAAAUUUACUGUGUAGCAUUGCAUACUUACUGCUUUUGUAAACAAAUGAUGCUCUAUUACUUUCCUCAAUAAAAAUCCACACAAACUGGA